AUGGACUUCAGUCCAUAUACUAUCGGAAUUACCGCUCUCGUCGCGUUUUUGGCGUACAAGUACGUCAAUGCACGUAUUCAACGGUCCAAGUUGGACGCAAUUCCUACAUCGGGCCCGAAUGGGAUAUUCUCCUCCUAUGUCACAGUGUGGCGCUACCUGCUCCAUGCACGCACUUUGAUUGAGGAAGGGUGUCAACAGCACCCUGGAACAGCGUUCAAGAUCCCGACACUCUUUGGCUGGAAUGUUGUUUUGAAUGGUCGGGACAUGUUCGAAGAGCUGAAACGAGCCUCCGAGGGAGAUCUCUCUAUCCUUGAGAUGUUUGAAGAUCUCGUUCACUUGAAGUACACAAUGUCACCGGUCAUUCACAGAAAUCCGUACCAUCUCGAUGUCAUUCGCACUACUCUCACUCGGAACAUUGGUGCAAGGUUCGACGAUGUCCGAGACGAGAUUCAGGCUGCGUUCUCAGAGUAUAUUCCACCACAAGAUGAUUGGGUGGAACCGUCGAACAUCAUCAAGACCAUUCAGAACAUCGUGGUUCGAACUUCCAACAGGUUUUUCGUUGGGCUACCGCUGUGUCGCAAUGAAGACUGGUGCGAUUUGAACCUCAAAUUCACAAUCAACGUCAUGGUUAACGGUAGUCUCAUCGGCUUCUUUCCAAAAUUCUUGCACCCACUACUCGGUCGUAUCAUAACAAACAGAAAGUCCAGUUUACGACGUGCUGUGAGGCAUCUUACACCAAUUCUCAACGAGCGUUUUGCUAUGGAACGAGAAUAUGGUCGAGAUUGGCCUGAUAAACCUAACGACUUGAUUUCUUGGCUGAUCGACAGCUGCGCUCAAAACGGUGAAGACUGGCAAAAAGGGUCUUACGAAGACCUUACUUUACGAGUAAUCGCCACGAAUUUUGUCGCUAUUCACACCACCUCUCAAACCUUCACUCAGGCACUGUUUCAUUUGGCCGCCAACCCACAAGUCGUUGAACCUCUUCGUGAAGAGAUUAAGACUACGGUUGAGCGUGAGGGAGGAUGGUCGAAGGUUGCUAUGGUUCAAAUGCGUCUCUUGGAUAGUUUUAUGAAAGAGUCACAGAGACGAGUUGGUGUGGGUGCAAUUGGCACCGCUCGCAUAGCGCAAAAAGAUUAUCGGUUCACUAAUGGCGUUGUAAUACCCGCCGGAACAAAAGUAGGAGUGGCCACGUAUCAUUUCCACCACGAUGAGUCGAAAUACCCGUCUCCUUUCGAAUUUAAACCGACUCGCUCUGGGAGUUGA